GAUAUGGGCCUGAAGCCCUGAGCUUAGUAGGUUACGCCCAGUAUAAAGUCGCGGAGCAGGCUCAUCCCGUCCUCCCCUCCUCUUCCUCACCGCCGCCGCCGCCUCCACCUCACACCUCCUCGGAUUUGCCCAGGCCGCCUCCCUCGCCCACCAUGCCGAAGCAGAUCCACGAGAUCAAGGACUUCCUGCUGACGGCGCGGCGGAAGGACGCGCGGUCGGUGCGGAUCAAGAGGACCAAGGACGCCGUCAAGUUCAAGGUGCGCUGCUCCAGGUACCUCUACACCCUCUGCGUCUUCGACGCCGACAAGGCCAACAAGCUCAAGCAAUCCCUCCCACCAGGUUUGAGCGUCCAGGAGGUUUAAGCGCAUCAAGUCUGGCAGUUUCUUCGCUAGUAGAAGGAAUGUUCAAUCCAGUUUGCUUUAGUAUCUAUCCGUAGGUGUCUUGUGGUUGCCCCAAUUAAGUGAAUUUUGAUGUUAAAGUUUGAACUGUAAUGUUGGGAGUUCUGUGUUGGACCUCUGAGGAUUACCUACCAUCCUAAAUUUGACUGAAUUUUGCACCAUCUUUCUGGUUUUCUGGAAUGUUCACUUUCGUUCUCUAAA